GAGGUGUGUAUUACCACAGUUCCCUCUCUUUCACUAUAUACUCUCUACUCUAACCACUUGCACUUUCACUCCUCUUCUUCUUCUUAUGAAACUUCACUCCAUUGCCGCCUAUUUUCUGCUCACUUAACACCUCUUUCAUGGCGUUUUCUUCAUUUCUCUUCUUUUUCCUUUCUUUUUUAGUAUUCACUGGUUCAGCUUCAUCGAUUGCUAAUGACCCAAUUAGAACUUUUAUAGUUCACGUCCAACACGAUGCUAAACCUUCCAUAUUUCCGACCCAUGAGAACUGGUACGAGUCGGCUCUAACAUCUCUUUCUGCGGAUACCCAUUCGCUAGAAAUUGGUGAAGGUGCUGCUAAUUAUCGCAUUAUUCACACUUACAGUAAUGUAUUUCAUGGGUUUUCUGCUAAAUUGUCGACUUUGGAUGCUCAGAAGCUUGAGGAUUUAACUGGGAUUUUGGCUGUUAUUCCUGAACAAGUUAGGCACAUUCAAACAACGAGAUCCCCUGAAUUUCUUGGAUUGACUAGUACAGAUAGUGCUGGGCUGCUCAAGGAAUCAGAUUAUGGGUCUGACCUUGUUAUUGGAGUAAUUGAUACUGGGAUCUGGCCUGAGAGGAAGAGCUUUGAUGAUCGUGAUCUUAGUCCUGUUCCGGCAAAGUGGAAAGGCGAGUGUAUGGCUGGCAGAGACUUUCCGGCGACUUCAUGCAACCGGAAAUUGAUUGGAGCGAGAUAUUUUUCCAGUGGUUAUGAGGCUACAAAUGGGAAAAUGAACGAAACUAUCGAGUUUCGAUCUCCCAGAGACUCGGAUGGUCAUGGAACUCAUACAGCUUCGAUUGCGGCAGGGAGGUACGUAUUUCCGGCGUCUGUUCUUGGUUACGCUCGUGGUGUUGCUGCUGGGAUGGCUCCAAAGGCUCGUCUAGCUGCUUACAAAGUUUGCUGGGCUUCAGGUUGUUACGACGCUGACAUCCUCGCCGCAUUUGACGCGGCCGUUGCUGAUGGUGUCCAUGUCAUCUCCCUUAGCGUUGGUGGAGUUGUUGUUCCCUAUAACCUCGACGCAAUUGCCAUUGCCGCCUUUGCUGCUACCGAUGCCGGAAUCUUCGUCUCUGCUUCCGCCGGAAACGGCGGGCCUGGAGGCCUCACAGUAACCAACGUCGCUCCUUGGGUAACCAAUGUUGGUGCGGGAACAAUUGACCGUGAUUUCCCUGCGGACGUUAAACUUGGAAAUGGUAGGAUAAUUCCUGGAGUGAGCAUUUAUGGUGGCCCGGCGUUAGCUCCCCACCGACUCUACCCACUAAUUUACGCCGGAAGUGAAGGUAGUGAUGGAUAUUCGUCUUCACUAUGUUUAGAAGGCUCAUUAAACCCAAAUUAUGUACAAGGUAAAAUCGUAUUGUGUGACAGAGGCGUCAAUUCGAGAGCUGCAAAAGGUUUAGUGGUGAAGAAAGCAGGUGGAAUGGGGAUGAUAAUAGCCAAUGGAGUAUUCGAUGGUGAAGGGUUAGUAGCUGAUUGCCACGUGUUACCUGCGACGGCAGUUGGGGCUUCUGCCGGUGACGAGAUAAGGAAGUACAUAUCAGAAGCAUCAAAGUCCAAGUCACCGCCAACUGCGACCAUUCUGUUCAGAGGUACUCGUCUAAAUGUACGGCCAGCACCAGUAGUGGCAUCAUUUUCAGCCCGUGGCCCGAACCCAGAGACACCCGAAAUUCUGAAGCCCGAUGUGAUUGCACCUGGAUUGAACAUCCUUGCUGCUUGGCCCGAUGACGUUGGGCCAAGCGGGCUUCCAUGGGAUACACGUCGAACAGAGUUCAACAUUUUAUCAGGAACCUCCAUGGCUUGCCCACAUGUAUCUGGACUAGGAGCAUUGUUGAAAGCAGCCCAUCCGGGAUGGAGCCCAGCAGCUAUAAGAUCAGCAUUGAUGACAACUGCAUAUACAGUGGACAAUCGGGGAGAAAUUAUGCUGGAUGAAUCAACUGGAAAUUCGUCGACUGUGAUGGAUUUUGGGGCAGGACAUGUGCACCCUCAAAAGGCAAUGGACCCUGGUUUGAUUUAUGACCUAACUUCCUACGACUACGUCGAUUUCCUCUGCAAUUCCAAUUACACAACUAAGAAUAUUCAAGUAGUUACAAGGAAGUAUUCAGAUUGUAGCAAGGCGAAAAGAGCAGGCCAUGUAGGGAAUUUGAAUUACCCUUCGCUUUCGGCAGUGUUCCAACAAUAUGGAAAGCAUAAGUUGUCCACACAUUUCAUUAGGACAGUCACAAACGUCGGAGAUCCCAAUUCAGUGUACAACGUGAUUGUGAAACCACCUAGGGGUAUGGUAGUGACAGUGGAGCCGGAGAAGCUAGCGUUUAGAAGAGUUGGACAGAAGCAUAAUUUUCUGGUGAGAGUACAAGCAGAGGCAAUAAAGCUAUCACCAGGGAGUUCCAUAGUGAAAAGUGGCUCAAUAAUUUGGUCAGAUGGGAAGCAUGAAGUGAGAAGUCCACUAGUUGUAACAAUGCAGGAGCCUCUUUGAGGAAAAAAAAAACGCUUAGGAAGUAAGUGUUCUUCAAUAUAUGUAUAACAAUAUAUGGAUCUCUGUUGAUAAGCAACUACAAUGUAUAAUAUGUAUGGUUGACAAGGAGUUUGAAAAGGUGAAGAAGAGUUGGGAGUUGGUUUGCUUUCAGUCAUGAAGUUUUGGCUGAGUUCGUCUAGAGUUUUGAUGAAGCAUAUAUCGUAUCUUAUGUUUGGUUUCUUUAUUGAAAAAUGCUUUGUACAAA